GCGGAUAUAUAUUUAGUACAUGUGGUUGAGCUGAAUUUUCAUUUGGUGGUCCUUACUGAUUUUGGGCUCAGAAAGACUCAUCAGAACACUCAUAAACCGUAUCAACUUUAGGAAUCAUGUGACUCUGAGAUUCAUAGAUUUUCAAGUUACAUUUUUCUAAUAGCAAGAACAAUGCCUUUGUUCUUCAAGAUUUUCCUUUUCUUGUUUUUCUUCUUUGUUAGUACAUCAUCAUCCCUUGAUUACAACCACCCGUUGGAUUCUCUCACUCUAUCUGAACUCAGUCAAGUGAAAACAAUAGUCAAAAAGUCCUAUGUUUCCCUCAAUGUAACCUUUCAUUAUGUUGGCCUAAAUGAACCAGAGAAACCAUUAGUCCUUUCAUGGCUAUCAGCCAAUCAUCCCACCAAGACUCCACCCCGCCAAGCUAUUGUUAUUGCGCGAAUUGCAAAAACACAUGAAAUCAUCGUAGACUUAUCGAGUGAUUCGAUGAUAUCAGAUAAAAUCUAUGAUGGACAUGGUUACCCCAUGCUUACCUUUCAAGAAGAGAAAGCUGCCGAUAAGUUACCAUUUGCUUAUCCACCAUUUAUAUCCUCCAUAAAGAAGAGAAGGCUAAAGCUAAAAGAAGUGGCAUGCCAAAGCCUCACUGUUGGAUGGUAUGGAGAGAAAAUGAAGAGUAACAGAAUGGUUAAACUCAUGUGCCAUUACUUAGAUGGCACUGUUAAUCUUUGGAUGAGACCUAUUGAGGGGAUUACAAUAAUUGUUGUUCUUGAUCAAAUGAAAAUCGCGAGGUACGUUGAUCGUUUGAUGGUUCCGGUCCCUAAAGCUAAUGGGACAGAUUACAUGGAACCAAAGCAGAAGCCUCAUUCCAAAUUGCAACUAGAUGGCAUAAAAAUAGUACAGCCUGAUGGACCAAGUUUUACUCUAGAUGGAAACACAGUGAGGUGGGCUGACUGGAAGUUCCAUGUAGCUUAUGAUAUGAGAGCAGGAAUAGUCAUAUCACUAGCAUCAAUCUUUGAUGUUGACAAGGGAGAAUUUAGGAGUGUUUUGUACAGAGGAUUUAUGUCAGAAACUUUUGUACCAUACAUGGAUCUGACUGAAGAAUGGUAUUAUAGGACAUAUUUCGAUGCAGGUGAAUAUGGAUUUGGUCUUUGUGCUGUAGAGCUUCAACCAUCAAAGGAUUGCCCAGAAAAUGCAAAGUUUAUUGAUGGCUACUUCAUCUAUCAAGAUGGUACUCCAGGAAAAAUGCCUAAUGUAAUUUGUAUAUUCGAACGUUAUGCUGGAGAUAUCAUGUGGCGCCAUACAGAGCUUGCGAUUCCCGGAAAAGUGAUAAGAAAGAUUAGACCAGAAGUGAGCCUGGUGGUGAGAAUGGUGUCAACUGUAGGGAACUAUGAUUACAUUACUGACUAUGAAUUCAAGCAAAGUGGAAGCAUCAAAGUCAAUGUUGGCUUAACUGGUCUACUUGAAGCAAGGGGAUCGAUAUACACUCACAACGACCAGAUAAAGGAAGAAGCCUACGGUACUCUAAUAGCAGAAAACACUUUAGGCGCAUAUCAUGAUCAUUUCUUUACCUUUCACCUUGAUUUAGACGUGGACGGUCAUGAAAAUUCCUUUGUAAAAAAUAACUUAAUAACUAGGCGCAUGAUCAACAAAAGUUCACCAAGAAAGAGUUAUUGGACAGUUGUUAGUGAAACAGCUAAAACAGAAUCGGAUGCAAGGAUUCAGCUAGGUUCAGGAGCCCUUGAAAUGGCAGUAGUGAACCCCAACAAGGAGACUAAGGUUGGGAAUAAAAUAGGCUACUCUCUGAUCCCAGGAUCUGCAACGGGUCCCUUGUUAAGGGACGAUGAUUACCCACAAAUCCGUGCAGGUUUUACAAAGUACAAUGUGUGGGUGACACCUUAUAACAAGUCUGAGAAAUGGGCUGGAGGAUUAUAUACUGAUCAAAGCCAAGGGGAUGAUACAUUAGCCAUGUGGAGCCUCAGGGAUAGGGAAAUUGAGAACAAUGAUAUUGUACUAUGGUACACAUUGGGUGUUCAUCAUGUACCUAAGCAAGAAGAUUUUCCAGUUAUGCCAACAUUAAGCACUGGAUUUGAGCUCAGGCCUGCUAAUUUCUUUAAUCAUAAUCCUGUUCUUUAUUAAGUCUCCUAAAGUCAAGUAGACAAAUCUGUAUCAUGUGGAUAAUGUCAUCCUUUAUGAAAAAAAAUUCUGCUAUUAUUGUUGUUAAAGAAAAUCAGUUUGUGCCAAAAAGAUUAUCUUAGUUUGACUUGGCACGGAGUUUAAGAAAUAAAGGAAGACUUUUGAAACGUGUGGUCCAAAACAA